AGCCAAUCACAGAGAGGCAGCUCGGUCAGCUGACAGCAGCUUCCGGUACUGUAACGUCACGUGUUGUGUGUUGUGUUGUCAAAAUGGCAGGACACGAACAUCAUCAUCAUCAUCACUUCUCUCUGUGUUUCUGCGAUUUAAUGAGGUUGUUGUGGUCCCUGGUGGUGCCCUGCAUCUACCUCAGCCUGGUCCUGACCCUGGUCCUGCUGCUGCUCCUGCUGGGGGUCCGGUUGUGGCUGCAGGGCCGCCGCAAGGCCCGCCGGGAUCAGGACGGCGGCGGCCCCGCGGUGGCUUUCUUCCAUCCGUACUGCAACGCUGGAGGAGGCGGGGAGCGGGUCCUCUGGUGCUCCCUGAGGGCUCUCAUGCACCGUUACCCUGGCGUCUCCUUCGCAGUUUACACUGGCGACCAGGGAGUGACCGGUGAGGAGAUUUUGGAGCGAGCCCGACAGCGCUUCAACAUCACGCUGCCUCGACCAGUCACCUUCAUCUUCCUGCGUCACCGCUCGCUGGUGGAGGCCAGUUGUUACCCUCACUUCACCCUGCUGGGACAGAGCGGCGGCUCCAUGUUCCUCGGCUGGGAGGCGCUAACGGCCUUUGUUCCCGACCUGUACGUGGAUUCAAUGGGCUACGCCUUCACCCUGCCCAUCUUCCGCUACCUGGGAGGCUGUAAGGUGGCAAGCUACGUUCACUAUCCCACCGUCAGCACCGACAUGCUGUCUGCGGUCAGAGAGAGGAACCCCAGAUUCAACAACAGUGACUUCAUCUCCAGAAACCCUGUGCUGAGCGCAGUCAAGGUGGUGUACUACUGCUGCUUCGCCCUGCUGUACGGCUUGGCCGGCUCCUGCAGCGACGUCAUCAUGGUGAACUCCACCUGGACGCUGGGACACAUACUGUCUCUGUGGCGCUCCCCGAACCGCACCAGCAUCGUCUACCCUCCCUGCGACGUCAGGGCCUUCCUCGACAUCCCGCUAGAGGAGGAUGAUGAAGAGGAGGGGGAGGAGGGCUGGGAGGAGCUCGGACGGGAGCUGGGGAGUGAAGAGGACGGAGGGGACAGGAAGUGCCAGUCCAUCGUGUCGGUGGGUCAGUUCCGGCCAGAGAAGGACCACCGGCUGCAGAUUCGGGCGUUUCACAAACUGCUGGACAGGAAAAAGGAGGGGCACGGGGGGCGGGAGUCUCUGCGGCUGGUGCUGAUUGGUGGAUGCAGGAACCAGGAGGAUGAGGACCGGGUGCUGAUGUUGCGGGGGCUCUGUCAGGAACUGGAUGUGUCCGACCGCGUUGACUUCAAACUCAAUGUGCCCUUCGAGGAACUGAAGAGAGAGCUGAUGGACGCCACCAUCGGUCUGCACACCAUGUGGAACGAACACUUUGGUAUAGGUGUGGUGGAGUGUAUGGCUGCAGGCACCAUCGUCCUCGCUCAUAAGUCUGGAGGUCCAAAGCUGGACAUCGUGGUGCCGUAUGAAGAUGGACAGACGGGUUUCCUGGCCGACAGCGAGGACAGCUACGCCGCUGCUAUGGAAACCAUCCUGGCGCUAUCUCCAUCGGCCAGAGUUGAGAUCCGACGUAACGCCCGGCGCUCUGUGGAACGAUUCUCCGACCAAGAGUUUGAGGCUUGUUUCCUCGCUGCCACGGAGUCUCUGAUGAGUAAACUGGAGCGAUGAGGAGGAACAGACGAGGCCCGGUGUCCUCCAGGGACCAGGACUUUAUUUAAGAUUAAUUCUGCUACACAGAUAGUAUAUAAGAUGAAGCAGUAAGAGUCAUAUCUACGUUUUAAAACAAGCCAAGCUUCCGACGCUGUUAGUAAAGUGUGACACAGUGCCUCCUUACUAAUUGAUCGAUGAGGCAAAAACAAAAAAAUACAUUUCCAGUGACUUUGCAUGUGUCGAGCAACAAAGAUGAAGGGUUGUUCAGUAUCAGCAGUUCUCUGUAAUGUUUGCAGUGUCCAACGUCACUGUUUGACCAAGCUGAAAGCUCCCCCGUACAGAAAACCUUAACAGAGUUCCAGUGACUCAGCUUCUGUCAAACAACAGAAUAUAAAAGUCACAUUGUGUUCACCAUUUAACUGUCGGUGUUGAUGUUGAUGUGACUGGAAAUUUGUAAUCACAUUAUUCCAAGUGGGAAGUUACAUUUACAAGUGAAAAUAGAUUUUGGGGGUGUUUGUUUUCUUAGCAGGUGUUAAAUGAGAAUAUUAUAAUUAAUUUCAUAUCACUGUGAUAUAUGGUCCAGGAACUGUUGAGCUUAGCACAAAGGCUGAAAGCAGAGGGAAACUGCGUAAAAAAGAAAAGGUUUGUCUUCCAUCUGUUCUAAAGCUGUCUUUUUUUACAUGUUUUAUCUUCUAGCAAGCUAAUGACCAAUACAUCUAGAAAUUCCUGGGUUUUGUUCAGCAGUUUUUGGUCAAGAAACAGCUCCAGUAUUUUGGCUAACUGCUUGGUAAACUUUACUGUUUAAAUACACAAGAUAAAACAUGUAAAUCAGACAGCUUUGAAGUUUUGUUCUCUUUUGAUUAUGCUAGGCUCGCAAUUUCCCCCUGCUUCCAGUCUUUGUGCUAAGCUAAGCCAAACACAUGCUGGACUUAUCUCAGUACUGGAUGCACAGAAAUUAAACUGAUGUGAGUUUUCUCAUCUGACUAUGAAGCACAUUUCCCCAAAUGUUCUUUUAAGGCGUUUAAUUAUAUUGAGAGUAGUUACAUUCCAAACAGCUUUUUAUUAGACACCACUGACGCCCACAAUUGAUUGCUAGUGUGGAAGAGUUAUAGAAAGUUAAUACUGGUGUGAUUUUGAUUAUAGUUUAUUUAUGAUGAUGGUGUCAUCUGUUUUCCAAUUACUGAUUGAUUCCUAAAUAGAUGUAAAGGGGUUUGCAAUGUUAUUUUUCCUAACAAAGUUACAGAAAUUAAGACUUUUCUUCUGGUGUUUUCUGUGCACAACGAAGGAGCGCUUAAGGUGAUGGCCAAUCUCUCUUUAUUUAAAUGUUGUUUCACUUCCUGCAUUCCUGUUUGUAAUGAGGUCCAGGCACGGAAAUAUGAUAAUGUGUGAAAUUAAAUAAUCUUUAUUUUGAAAGAGGCAUUAUUACUAUUUAAGUAUGUCCAUGUAAAGAGGAUGCUCUGGGAAACUGGAAUUCCACUUAAACAAUACUGCAAUAAAUGCAAUCAUCAAACA